AUGGCGUCCAAAUGCUUGUCCUGUAGUAAAGGUGUCACCACCCGUUCCAAAGCAGUGCAGUGCUCUGAAUGUGAUGGGUGGAUGCACAUCGCCUGCUGCGGCAUCUGUCCUGAUCAAUAUAUGCACUUGCAGCGAUUCACCUCGCCUGCCAUCAAUUUCUUUUGCGACAACUGCCGUGCCUCACUGAAUUGCAGGCGUCUUCUCGCCGGACUAUCUGCGUUGAGCAUUGAUUCUUCUUCUCCGACGAAGCCUGAUACGAUUCACGAUACAUCUGCUCCACCGUGCUCACCAUCAACAUCUACCUCCGGUUGGAUCACCCCCAUAGGCAAGCGAAGUCGAACCACGUCCACUACGCAUACGGAUCCAUCUACACAGAUCCUGCCCACUGAUCCCACCACAAGAUCUUAUGCGGCAGUUGUGAGGGAAAGCGCGGUCUCUGUCCCUAUUUGCAAUAGCCCGACUACAGGUGGCGCCAAGUCCAGGCCUAAGCCCGUCGAGAAACCCAAACCUAAGCUAUCAUCUCAGUCUCAAAUGAAGCUUGUUCUCGACAGACUAUCUGAGCUUGAGAAAGCUGCCAAGGAAAAUCCGCCCCGUAGCAAGCCACAUGUUCCUGAACGUACCCAGCCAUCUCGCGACCGUUGUCUUAUCAUCAUGAACGCAGCGGAAUCGGAAAAACCAACCCCUGCGGAACGAAUACUAGAUGACCAAACACUGCUUGAGCGAUUGGUCUCAUUGCUAUUUGACAAAGGUGAACAGGGAAUCAAUAUUGUAUCUGCCUUCCGUCUUGGUAAAAAACAAGAGGAUAUCUCGAGAAAUCGCCCCCUUAAAAUCGUUUGCCGGGAUGAGGAGGAAUGCCGACGCAUCCUGCGAAGGACCUCGCGUCUCAAAGGCGAGCCAUUCUAUGUACUUCGUGACCUCUCACCAGAAGAUCGAGUCAAAAUGAAAAAGGCCGUAGAAGAACUACGCACAAGACGGGGAAGUGGUGAAACAGACCUCCAUAUUGUGGAUUUUCGAGUAGUUCGAAGGACUCCGAAAACACGUUGGAGGCCCAUUCUCCUCACCCCCGGACAAUAA